GCAUGCCUAGCAAGGCUAAGGGGGCCCGCGCAGGUCACGUGCGCUGGUGGUCGGCGCGCGCACCGCCUGCCCCGGAAGCGGUCGGCUCGCGGCGGGGCUGGGCGCUAAGAUGGCGGCGGCGUGAGUUGCAUGUUGUGUGAGGAUCCCGGGGCCGCCGCGUCGCUCGGGCCCCGCCAUGGCCGUCACCAUCACACUCAAAACGCUGCAGCAGCAGACGUUCAAAAUUCGCAUGGAGCCUGAUGAGACGGUGAAGGUGCUCAAGGAGAAGAUAGAGGCCGAGAAGGGCCGCGAUGCUUUCCCUGUGGCCGGCCAGAAACUCAUCUAUGCCGGCAAAAUCCUGAGUGAUGACGUCCCCAUCAGGGACUAUCGCAUCGACGAGAAGAACUUCGUGGUCGUCAUGGUGACCAAGGCCAAAACUAGCCCAGGCACCUCAGUACCCCCAGAGGCCUCACCCACUGCUGCCCCAGAGUCCUCCACAUCCUUCCCUCCGGCCCCCGCCUCAGGCAUGUCCCAGCCCCCGCCUCCUACUCCCGGAGAGGACAAGAGCCCAUCGGAGGAAUCAGCCCCCACGACAUCCCCGGAGUCCGUGUCAGGCUCUGUUCCCUCUUCAGGUAGCAGCGGGCGAGAGGAAGACGCAGCAUCCACGCUAGUGACCGGCUCUGAGUAUGAGACGAUGCUGACAGAGAUCAUGUCCAUGGGCUACGAGCGGGAGCGGGUCGUGGCCGCCCUGAGAGCCAGCUACAACAACCCCCACCGGGCGGUGGAGUACCUGCUCACGGGCAUUCCCGGGAGCCCCGAGCCCGAACAUGGUUCUGUCCAGGAGAGCCAGGUGUCGGAGCAGCCAGCCACAGAAGGAGCAGGAGAGAACCCCCUGGAGUUCCUGCGGGACCAGCCCCAGUUCCAGAACAUGAGGCAGGUGAUUCAGCAGAACCCAGCACUACUGCCCGCCCUGCUCCAGCAGCUGGGCCAGGAGAACCCUCAGCUUUUGCAGCAAAUUAGCCGGCACCAGGAGCAGUUCAUCCAGAUGCUGAACGAGCCCCCCGGGGAGCUGGCAGACUUCUCAGACGUGGAGGGCGAGGCGGGUGCCGUGGGCGAGGAGGCUCCGCAGACCAACUACAUCCAGGUGACGCCCCAGGAGAAGGAAGCCAUAGAGAGGUUGAAGGCCCUGGGCUUCCCAGAGAGCCUGGUGAUCCAGGCCUACUUCGCUUGUGAAAAGAACGAGAACUUGGCUGCCAACUUCCUCCUGAGUCAGAACUUUGAGGACGAGUGAUGCAGGGAGGCCAGGCCGCCCCCCCCCCCAGCCCCACAAAAGUUUUAUAAAAGAAAAAAAUAUAUAUAUAUUCAUGUUUAUUUAAGAAGUGGAAAAAAAUCAAAAACCUUAAAAAAAAAAAACAACCCAACUUCCCGUCUUCCCAAAGUGGCCCCCAUUCCCAUCUUGGCCUGAGAAGACCCAGGCCAGACAGCUGCCCCCAAUCCCCCGCCCUGGCCCUGCCUGCUCCGAGAAACUGGCAGGACUGGAGGCGACAGAUGGGCCCCUCUUGGCCUUUGUCCCAGCUCCCUGCAGCCAGAUGGAGAGGCGGCUGCUUGCCUUCCCCUCCCCUGAGACUCCCCCCCCCCCCAACCUUCUUCCAGGGUGAGGGGAAGCUGGAGUCCCCAACUUUGAUCCUCCAUUGGAGUGGCCCAAACUUUCUAUCUUGGGUGCGCACUCAGAGGCUUAAGGACCCCCUCCCCAGUCUGGCCUUGGCCUCUGGCCUGCAUCCCUUUGCUGGGUUUGUCCUGCCUGGGGAGGGGGUAACAUCAGAGCUGCUCUGGAGGUCGAGGCCACCCCCCACCCCAGGACAGAACCGUGUCUCUGAUAAAGGUUUUGAAGUGAAUAAAAUUUUAAAAGCUA